ACAGAAAAUUAGAGCGCCAUAUUGUCAUAAUUGGAUUACACAUUUUUGCAUUUAUAAAGAACUGUUAAGUAUACAAAAAUUGAUUUAAAAAUAAAGUAGCAACGAUUUUUAAUAAAUUAAUUCUAGACACUAUAUUAUGUUACUUUUUACUGAACGUAACAAAUGGUAAAUAUAAAAUUUAACGUAAUGAAAAAACCCAUUGUUUUUGAUUUCUCGUUCGGACGUACUUGCUAUAAUAUCAUUGCUGACAACUUGACGCUGACAUUUUAUUUAAAAUAUGUACGAACAUAGAAAAUCUGAACAAGAAGACGAGAAAGUAUCGUCAAAAGGAAAUCAUGCACGAAAUGCUAAGGUUAAGAUUACUGUAAAAAAUGAUAAAAGAAAGAAAUCUGUUGAAUUAAUGAAAGAAGAAAAAUCGAUGUUUAUUUUAAGCUUGGAUCCAUACGAAAAACCAUUGAAAUGGUGGGAAAGUGAACCCAUAAAAUACGCUAUGAAUUACAAACCCGUAAAGUUACGCGUGGAAAAAUUAAUGGGAAGUAAAGUAAUACGUUUAACGGAUCGAAAAUAUAUGAUGACUUUUAUGGAAAAUAUUCGAAAUAAUUAUAGAAACGAACAAUUGGCACGAAUUGAAAAAAGAAAGGAAUGGGUUAAAACGACGUUUGGAUCGUACAUUGAAAAAGAUAGUAGUACCAUAGAUCUGUAAAAAAAAAAUAUAUGUAUUCUAACCAUAUGUCGAGCGUAUAGUUACCAUAUCAACCGAAUGCAACAACAUACGAAUUAUUCCAUUCUGAAUUCUUGACACGUGCGGAUCGAUUAAUAACAAUAGAGGAAAAGUAUUUUAAAAUAAUUUAAAAAAUAAAGAGAAUAAAAAAAAAUCCAAGAAAAAAUGAGCGAGAAUAUUAAAUUUAUCGUAGUAGAAGUUAACAAACUGUUGGACAAAAAUUAUAAUUUGGUUGGUUUCAGUGCAUUGAAUCCUGAGGAUUUAUUACAAAUAUUAAGCGACGUGUUAAUUAAAAUACAACAACAAGAUGCGCCAAAGGUCGAUAUUAAAACCGAAACACCUGAACAAAGUUCGGUAAGAAUUCUUUCGGCUCUUCGUAUAUUAAAAUAUCAACCAAAUUCGGAUCCAGCGACAUUUCGACAAGGAAUUGUUCGAGGUGAUUCUGAAACAAUUUAUGGUAUUUUAAUGUGGUUAUUAACUCACAAGGAUAUCGUAAGACAACGAGCUUAUUUGGCACGUUUUCUUGUUAAGAUCGAAAUUCCAUCGGAUUAUUUAGGAGAUCCAGAAAUUUCGACAUUGUACGAACAAUAUACGAACAUGGUCAAUCAAUUUAAAACCGUUCACAAGGAAAGAGAGAUAGGUAAAAAGAAUUUCGAGAUUGCCGCGGAAUUUACGGAAGAUCUCAAAGCUAUGGAAAAAGAAAAGGAGGCAGUAUUAUUACGUAUCGAAAAGAUGAAAGUAAAAGCACAAUCAGGAUUUUAUCUUUUGGAAGCGGCACGUGCAUUGCGUAUGGAAAAAGAUCGUGAACGUGAUCUUGUUUUGCAAAAGGAACAAGAAAGCAAGAUAAUGUCUAGUUUAAAAAUAUCCUUUCAAGGAAUAGAACGUGAGUUGCAAACAUUAAAACGUACCGGUGAGGAAAUAACACCGCAAACAUUAAUACAACAUCUAACGGACGAGGUGACCGUACAAACGGCUAUAAUGAAAGAAAAACUAGCAUAUGAAAUUGAGAUGAAGAAAAAACGUAUUGCUGCACUUUCAUCUAUCAAAGGAUAUUCUUAUUUAGGACCGGAACAAAUAACUAUGUUAAGAAACAAAUUGGAUUUACUAACGAAAGAAAUUCAAGGUUUAGUUGAGAUUAAAAUAACAAAAACUGAUAAUGACAAAAUGGAACCGUUUCGUCAACAAGCAACAACAAUAUCAAAUAUGAAAAGAAACGUAUUAGAAAAAUUAGAAAAUACUAACGAACGUUUGAAAGAUUUGUUAAUUAAACUCGAUGAAAAGAGAGAACAAUCGAAAAUGUUUAUGGACGAGGUUGUACCGAAGGGGGAUGAUUUGAAAAAAUAUGUGGCACAUUUGAAAAUCAAAAGUAUAUCGUACAAACGUUACAGAGCCGAAUUGACUGCAUUGAAAGCUGAAAUAGGUGUUUUGCAACGUACUGCUGUUAUUCUUAAAGCACAAGCAGCGUCAAUAGAUCAAGGUAAUAAAAAUAUAGAUUUAGGAAAACAAUCAAUUCCUGACAGUUACACACAGGUUAACGCAUUUUCAACAAACGUACAAUUAUUCAAAAUGAUAUCCGUUCUACGUGCAAAACUUGCACCACUAUUAAAUGAAACUCAGGCAUUACGACAAAAGUCUCGUGACUUGGAGGAUCGUUAUAAAAAAGCUAACACAGUUCAAUCCACAUUGGAAACAGGUAUCGGAAGUCCAACAGGAAACGUGUUGUUUGAAAUAAAUCAAUUGAAAGAGAAAAUAGGAAAGGAUAAAGAAGAAAAAGAAAGACUCGAGGAUACGUUAUCGAAAAUGAAAAAUAUUGAAGAAAGAAUAGAAGAUGAAACGAAUGCAUCGUCUAAUUCUGAUAAAAGUCGUAGUAUCAAAGACGAGUUAAACGAUUCUAUUACCGUAGAAGAAGAAAUAAUGAAAAAUUUAUCAUUGCAAAAAGAAAAUAUCGACAAGGAUGCUACGAAAAAUGAAAAACAAACUCAACAAUGGAAUCAAAUAGCAGCAAUAUUCGUUUGCAAAAUAAAAUCAGCAGAAGAUAGUAAAAACAAGGAUGGUAUCGUAGUACGACGUGGGGGAACUGAAACUCUUGUAUUGCAAUAA